AUGACUGCCCAGACCCUCCCUAUGUCUACCAGUUCCUCAAAGAGCUUUCCCCUAGUUCGCCGCCAAGCUCAUCGAAAGCUGGCCGACCCGGCGGCACGAGCGUCCGAUCCGGAGCCGCCUCGACUCUCUUUGCGGGUCGCGGGGGCGGGGCUACCUACCGAUCGUGCACCCGGCCAGAUCAGAGUGAGACCGCUAGACGUGGCGAGACGCGUGCAGGUGUGGCUAUGCGCUACGGACAAGCCCACACCGGACAGUGCCCAGUUGUGUGCAUUCGAUAUGCGAUGGUCAGGCCGCCGCAAUCAGAGUGGGUGGGGCGGGGCGCGAAACGGCACUCCGAGAAUUCUCGCCCCAGUCUUCUACGUCAUAAUUAUUGCUAUCAAUAACGUUGAUAAUCUGCUCUUGGACCACAUGCCACACCUUCGCUGCCCCUUUUUAUAUGGGGAGAAGUUAUCAACGUACGGUAGACUCUUGAUCAGUGCAGCUGGCAGCCUGUACUACUGCUACUCGACCAUCCAGCCAGGGCUCGAGAAUAUUCGUGGCCGAGAGGUGAGCUCUGGCGCGUCGAUCCACACGCGCUUUACCGGCGCUCAGCGCUCCAUCUUGAAGCGGGGGGUGGAACGUUUACGCCUGGUGGAGAGAGAUUCGAAAGGAAAGGUGUUUCCGCUCAGGCACGCUAUCAGUAAAGCCCGGAUCGUGCGCGCACUCCAGCGUUUGCUGUCUCUACCCUUCUUCUCCCCCGUCAUGGACAAGCUGUGGGCAUUCCUGCGCAGCCGCGCCGUUGGUCUCGUCCCGCGUCGUGAGAGGUCCGUCGACCGCGGCACGCUCAUCGCCGCUCUCCGAAGCCUCACGUGGAUGCAAUGGGCCCAAUUCGUAGUUGGAUGGCUCGCAUGGACCUGCGAUGCGUUCGACUUCUUCAGUGUAUCCCUCAGCGUGAGCAAUCUCGCGAAACAGUUUGACAGGACUCCUCAUCGCAUUACGACGUCCAUUACGCUCACCCUGCUAUUCCGUUCUGUGGGCGCUGUCAUCUUUGGUAUCCUGUCUGACCGUUUCGGACGCAAAUGGCCCCUGGUCGUGAACCUGCUCAUCGCGGCAGCCUUCGAGCUCGGCUCGGGCUUCGUCCAGACCUUCCGCCAAUUCCUCGCAGUGCGCUCCCUCUUUGGUGUCGCUAUGGGCGGCAUCUGGGGGCUUUCCGUCUCCACCGCACUCGAAAAUCUGCCAGUGGAGGUGCGUGGGCUCGCAAGCGGCUUCCUCCAGGAGGGGUAUGCGGUUGGCUACCUUCUUGCGGCUGUCGUGAACCUCAAGCUCGUUCCCGAGGUGAACGCGGGUUGGCGUAGCUUGUUCUGGACGGGCGCGGGCAUAUCGGUGUUUACUGCAUUUCUUCGCAUGCUUCUCCCCGAGAGCGAGUACUUCUUGCGCGCCAAGGCCGACGAGCUCGCCCAAGGACACACCACAAAGAACAAGACAAAGGUCUUCAUCAAGUCCACGGGACAGAUGCUCAAGCGCCACUGGGUGUUGUGUUGUUAUGCCAUUAUAAUGAUGACCGGAUUCAACUUCCUCUCUCAUGGUUCUCAAGAUUUAUACCCCACGUACCUCACGACUGUAAAACACUUCAGCCAGCACGAUGCUACUAUAGCUACCAUUAUCGGAAACUGCGGCGCUGUUGCCGGAGGUGUAAUCGCCGGUUGGAUGAGUCAAUACAUCGGCCGUAGGCUGACCAUCAUCUUCUUCACGGUGCUCAUUGGAGCAUUCAUCCCGCUCUGGAUCCUCCCAAAAACAUUCGGGGCGCUCUCCGCCGGCGCGUUCUUUCUCCAAGUCGGCGUGCAGGGCGCAUGGGGCGUGGUCCCCAUCCAGCUGUCAGAGUUGUCGCCACCAGCCUUCCGCGCAACUUUCCCGGGCGUGGCGUACCAGAUCGGCAAUAUGGUUUCCUCCGCCUCAGCGCAGAUUGAGUCCACGAACUCGAAUAUCGCGACCGUGCAGGGCAUCCUCGUCGGCACCGUCGCGGCUUUCGUCGUCUUCUGGACGAUCAUCGGGCCCGAGAACCACGGCUCGCACUUUGAGAAGUACAAGGCGGCGUUCGAGGAGGGUGCCGGGGAGGACAAGGAGAUGGAGGUGGGCACGGAGGUGCCCCCAGCGGGCGGAGACAGCGGCUCCAUCACCGAGUACCGCUCGCGCCCCACGAGCGUGCAGAUCGACGACGAGAAGAAGGAAGGCAGUGUGGAUGUCGUAUAG